GAAACGAUGACAACAUUCCUCCGCCAUUGCUUUCUUCUACACCUCCUCACGAAAACCUCUUAAAACGACGAUUAAACCCUUCUUCUUUCUCUCUCUCUCUAGAAUUGGGGCUUUUUUUCUCUCUCAAACAUGACGAUUGAAGAAGGAGAGGCUCAAAUUGACCAGCUUCCGAUGGACCUACUUGCUCAUAUAUUCGUUUUCAUCACCUGCUUCAAGGAUUUGGCGCAAACGAGCAGUGUGUGUAGAAAAUGGAGGGAAGGCGUGAAGCAAUCGAUGGGAAGAAGAGAGAAAUUGAGCUUUGCAGGUUGGAAAAUGGAUGAUAAAUCUACUUCUCGUCUUGUUUGUUAUGCUUAUGGUCUCAAGGAGCUUGACAUUUCAAAAAGCCGAUGGGGUUGCCAAAUAACAGAUAACGGAUUAUUCCAGUUAUCAACAGCAAAAUGCAUCGUCAAUCUUACCUGCAUAUCACUAUGGGGAAUGACAGGGAUCACAGACAAAGGUGUUGUUCAACUGAUUUCAAGGGCCAAUUCAUUGCAACACCUAAACAUUGGGGGCACUUUCAUAACAGAUGAGUCUUUAUUUGCAAUUUCCACCAGCUGCCCGAAUUUGAAGAGUGUUGUAUUAUGGGGAUGUCGUCAUGUUACUGAAAAUGGGCUUCAAGUUCUUGUGAAUGUGAAUCGGCUCUCCGCUACUAACCGUCGUCUAGUCUCAAGUAACUCCCGCUUCACUUUCGCCCAUCUCCGCUCCUCUCUUCGGAGAAUCUCAAGCUUGUUGCAAUCGGUGAUUACAGGAAAUUCCCUUGUUCCUGUGCAUAAAACCACCAUCAAGUUCAAGACUCCAUUACUCCCCUUUCCAAGAACUCAAGUGUUGUAUCGUUGUUGCAGAUCAAUCAUGAAGACAAAUACAACAUUACCUAUCAUAGUCAAGGAAACCAUCGAUCCAACUGAUAAAGAAAAACAGAUAUUCGAUCGAUUGCGUGAAGUUCUUGUUCAUUUCAAUCUUGACACACAGCUUCGUGUUGCAGGAGGAUGGGUUCGCGAUAAGCUUCUAGGAAAAGAUUGUUAUGAUAUCGAUAUUGCUCUUGAUAACAUGUUAGGAAAAGAGUUUUGUGAAAAGGUAAACGAGUAUUUAGUCUCCACAGGUGAACAAUCACAAGGAAUUGGUGUUAUUCAAAGCAAUCCGGAUCAAUCCAAGCAUUUGGAAACAGCAAGAAUGCGAUUAUUCGAUGUCUGGAUCGAUUUCGUCAACUUAAGAUCCGAAGAUUACACUGAAAACAGCAGAAUUCCAACCAUGCAAUUCGGUUCUCCAGAACAAGAUGCAUAUAGAAGGGAUCUUACAAUCAACAGCUUGUUUUACAACAUCAAUACAUGUUCAGUUGAAGAUUUUACUAAAAGAGGGUUGAAUGAUUUGAAAUCUGGGAAAAUCGUGACACCAUUGCCACCCAAAGAGACGUUCUUGGAUGAUCCUUUGAGGGUUCUUAGAGCAAUUCGUUUUAGUGCAAGGUUUGAAUUUGAAAUGGAUGAAGAAUUAAAAGUUGCAGCUUCAGACAAUGAUGUGAAAUCUGCCAUUGGUGGGAAAAUUAGCAGAGAAAGAAUCGGGCAUGAGAUCGAUCUUAUGGUAUCCGGGAAUCAACCAGAUAAAGCAAUAACUUACAUAUCAGAAUUAGGUUUGUUUUGGGUUGUUUUCACAUUACCUGAAAAUUGUAAACCUUUAAUUUCACAAGAAGAUGAUAGAAUUUGUGUUGAGUAUAUGAAUUUGGGAAUGAGACAGUUUCUUGAAGUGGGGUGUAGUUUUACAAAUGAACAGAGAAGGAUUUAUUUAUAUGCAUCGUUGUUUCUUCCACUUAGGAAGACAGUUUACAUAGACAACAAAAAGAAAACAUUUCCCAUUGUGAAUUUCAUUUUCAAAAAUUCUUUAAAGUUAAAAGUUAGUGAUGCGGAUGAUGUUGUGAGGCUACAUAAUGGAGUUGAGAAGUUUUUGUGUUUGAUCCCUUUCGUGUUAUCUGGUGAAGAUAUGAAUAAAAUUGAUUGGGAAAUUGAUUUGAUUGAAGUUCCUGUGAAAUUGAAAUCAAGAAUCUUGUUGGGAUUGGUUUUGAGGGAAAUGAAAGAUUUGUGGAGGGUUGCUUUGAUGCUUUCGAGUAUUGUAGGGGAAGAAGUGGAGAAAAGGAAGGAAGUGUUUAUGGAGGUUGAAAGAGAAAUAUUGAAAUUAGGUUUGGAAAAAGUGUGGGAAGUCAAACCUUUGGUCAACGGGAAGGAUAUAAUGAAACAUUUGGAGCUUGAAAAAGGGGGCCCGGUUGUUAGUGAAUGGCAGCGGAAGCUUCUACAAUGGCAGCUUGCUUAUCCUUCCGGAAGCUUAGAGGAAUGUGUUGAUUGGAUGAAGAGGGAAAUGGAGAAGAAGCGUGCUAGAACAUGAAGAGGAGAAUAAUCUAUCUAUUUCUAGGUGUUUUUUUUUUUCUUCUAGUGAGUAAGAUGAUAUUUAUAUUUUUAAGUUCUUGUGAUGUACAAGAAGUAAAUUUUGAUGCUAGUGAUAUCGGUUUGCAUAUUCUGAAAUAUAAAAACAAAGAAAACGUGAUGGUGUUUUUUCUUGUUGCUGUGUUGUUUUUAGGGAAAUUUGUAGGAAAUAUCAACAUACUUUGCUCAUGCGCAAUGUGCUUCGAUUAUUUCUUAUCCAUAAUA